GUAAUGCUUGUUUUCGCUAGAUUCAUGGUAAUAACAGUUACAACUUCCGGUUCUCCAGUGCAGUGAACAACAAUUUUUUUUUCAAAAGCAAGGAAUCUGGAGAGCUGGGAGUAUUAAGCAGUCCGCCAUGCACUUCGGGCAAAGGGGGGUGAAUAUUCUCUUGAGCCAUGUUAUAGAAGACUAUUGGGUUGUAGGACUGUAUGAGGAGGCCUCUGUGUUUCUCUAGAGGCAGAGAGGAUCGCCGCUGCUAUUUGGAGCCAUGGAGAAGAUGUCGCGGGUAACCACAGCCCUGGGCAGCAGUGGCAUCAGCGGACGCACCAUGUUCUGCCACCUGGACGCGCCCGCCAACGCCAUCAGUGUGUGCCGCGAUGCCACACAGGUGGUGGUGGCCGGCCGCAAUAUCUUCAAGAUCUACGGCCUGGAGGAGGAGCAGUUUGUGGAGAAGCUCAACCUGCGCGUGGGCCGCAAGCCCUCGCUCAACUUCAGCUGCGCCGACGUCAUGUGGCACCAGAUGGAGGAGAACCUGCUGGCCACGGCUGCCACCAACGGGGCGGUAGUCACCUGGAACCUGGGCAAGCCGUCGCGCAACAAGCAGGACCAGCUGUUCACCGAGCACAAGCGCACGGUCAACAAGGUGUGCUUCCACCCCACCGAAGUCUACAUGCUGCUCAGUGGCUCCCAGGACGGCUACAUGAAGUGCUUCGACCUGCGCAAGAAGGAGUCCGUCAGCACCUUCUCUGGUCAGUCGGAGAGUGUAAGAGAUGUUCAGUUCAGCAUGAAGGAUUACUUUACUUUUGCUGCUUCUUUUGAGAACGGUAACGUCCAGCUGUGGGACAUCCGGAGGCCUGACCGGUAUGAGAGGAUGUUCACAGCCCACACCGGUCCUGUGUUCUGCUGUGACUGGCACCCAGAUGACAGGGGUUGGCUGGCCACUGGCGGCCGGGACAAGAUGGUGAAGGUGUGGGACAUGACCACCAACCGGGCCAAAGAGAUCUACUGCGUCCAGACCAUCGCCUCGGUGGCACGGGUCAAGUGGCGUCCUGAGAGGAAGUGGCACCUGGCCACCUGCUCCAUGAUGGUGGACCACAACAUCUACGUGUGGGACGUCCGACGGCCCUUCAUCCCCUUUGCCACCUUCGAGGAGCACAAGGACGUGACCACGGGCAUCGUGUGGCGCCACCAGCAUGACCCCUACUUCCUGCUGUCAGGCUCCAAGGACAGCACGCUCUACCAGCACAUGUUCAAGGACGCCAGCCGGCCCGUGGACCGGGCCAACCCCGAGGGGCUGUGCUUCGGCCUGUUUGGCGACCUGGCCUUCGCCGCCAAGGAGAGCCUCAUCAGUGGCGACUCCAACAGGAAACCCUACCCGAGUGGCGACCGCCGCUACCCAAUCUUCUUCUUCAAGAAGCCCGAUCUGACGGAGCAGUUUGCCCACGUGUCCAGCGCCCUCAGCGUGUUCGAGUCGUCUCUGGAGAGCAGGCGCAUGGACUGGUUUGUCAAGACGGCGCGCCUCUACCUCCUCGGCGGAAAACCCUUUGCCGAGCUGUGCGACCACAAUGCCAAGGUGGCCAAGGAGCUCAACAGACCUCAGGUUUCAACUACAUGGACGAUGCUUCGGCUCAUGUUCUCAGAUCCAGCUAACCUCUCGACACCUGGUCCAAAUAACAUCAGCAAACUGGGCAACCUUCCUUUAAUGAACAGUUUCAGUAUGAAGGAAAUGGGGACGGAGAGCAGGCUGGACCGUAGUAAGGGAGAGAGCAGACAGGACAACAUUCACCUGGAACCUGGGAACUCGCUCAUCAACAGCAACAACGACGAGAAUGAGGAGACCGAGGGGAGUGAGGGACAGGCGGAGUACAUGUUUGGUGACGCUGAGCUGGAUGACGAUGACCUCUACUCUAUGGAGCACGAAAUCCAGGCCGUGGAAGAACAGGAGUACACGCUCCCCCAGGAGGCCUUCCCGCUGCGCCAUGAGAUCAUGGACAACCCGUCGGUCCCGGAGCACCUGCAGCAGGACAAGGCCGACUCGCCGCACGCCAGUGGCAAUGAGGCAGAGGUCAUGUGCCUGACGCCCAUAGAGUCCCUCUCCCUGAUCGCCAUCUCGCAGCCGCUGUUCAGCCCCCACCUCCCCGCACGCUUCUUCUGCCCCGUGGUCAGGGAGAUGCUGAGCCACUACGCCGAGCAGGGAGACGUGCAGAUGGCAGUCUCGGUGCUCAUCGUCCUGGGAGACCGCAUCCGCAAGGAGAUCGACGACCUCACUCAGGAGCACUGGUACAUGUCCUACAUUGACUUGCUGCAGCGUUUCGAGCUGUGGAACGUGUCCAACGAGGUCAUCAAGCUGAGCACUUGCAGCGCCAUCACCUGUCUGAACCAGACAUCCACCACGCUGCACGUCAACUGCAGCAACUGCAAACGGCCCAUGAGCAACAGGGGCUGGAUCUGUGACCGGUGUCACCAGUGUGCCAGUGUUUGUGCCGUGUGCCACCAUGUGGUGAAGGGGCUGUUUGUGUGGUGCCAGGGCUGCAGUCACGGCGGGCACCUGGAGCACGUGAUGAACUGGUUAAAGAGCAAUUCUCACUGCCCGGCUGGCUGUGGACACCUGUGUGAGUACACCUGACCCUCAGCUCCACCCCCUCCCAGCCGGCUCUCUGUGAGAGGGGGAGCACCUCACCUCACCUGGCUCACCCUGGCCUGGGUCUCACACUCCAGGCUGGCCUCUCCAAAGACUGGGGUCCACAGGGGGGUGGCCAUGGUAGCAGGAUGACUGUAUUGGAAGAUAGGUCGGUAAGACUGAAGUCCAAUUCAUUAAAGCAGUUGGAGAGGAGAACGAGGGACCUUAUGGAGCACUGUUAAAAGUUUGAGAUGGGCCCGCUGGCUCACUUUGACAAUGACAGAAACUCAAAGUUAAGUGAACACAAUUUAUGGGUGUGUGUGUAUAUAUAUAGAUAUAUAUCUAUCAGUGGGGAGAACAAGUAUUUGACUGCCGAUUUUGCAGGGUUUCCUAUUUACAAAGCAUGUAGAGGUCUGUAAUUUUUAUUAUAGGUACACGUCAACUGUGAGAGACGGAAUCUUAAACAAAAAUCCAGAAAAUCACAUUGUAUGAUUUUUAAGUUAUUAAUUUGCAACAAACAAUAGUUUAUCAAGAAAUUUGUGAAGUGGUUGAAAAACAAGUUUUAAUGACUCCAACCUAAGUGUAUGUAAACUUCCGACUUUAACUGUAUAUAUGUAUGUGUAUAUACGCAUGCAUGCAAACACGUACUGUACCAGUCAAAAGUUUGGACACACCUACUCAUUCAAGGGUUUUUCUUUAUUUUUACUAUUUUCUACAUUGUAAAAUAAUAGUGAAGACAGCAAAACUAUGAAAUAACACAUAUGGAAUCAUGUAGUAACCAAAAAAGUGUUAAACAAAUCAAAAUAUAUUUUAUAUUCUAAAAAGUAGCCACCCUUUGCACUCAGCAGCUUCACGAGGUAAUCACCUGGAAUGCUUUUCCAACCAUUUUUAAGGAGUUCCCACAUAUGUUGAGCACUUGUUGGCUGCUUUUCCUUCACUCUGCGGUCCAACUCUUCCCAAACCAUCUCAAUUGGGUUGAGGUCGGGUGAUUGUGGAGGCCAGGUCAUCUGAUGCAGCACUCCAUCACUCUCCUUGGUCAAAUAGCCCUUACACAGCCUGGAAGUGUGUUUUGUGCCAUUGUUCUGUUAGAAAAACAAAUGAUAAUCCCACUAAGCGCAAACCAGAUGGGAUGGCAUAUCGCUGUAGAAUGCUGUGGUAGCCAUGCUGGUUAAGUGUGCCUUGAAUUCAAAAUGAAUCAGACAGUGUCUACAGCAAAGCACCAUCACACCACCUCCAUGCUUCACUGUGGGAACCACAUAUGCGGAAAUCAUCAGUUGACCUACUCUGCGUCUCACAAAGACGGCGGUUGGAACCCAAAAUCUAAAAUUUUGACUCAUCAGACCAAAGGACAGCUUUCCACCGGUUUAAUGUCCAUUGCUUGUGUUUCUUGGUCCAAGCAAGUCUCUUAUUAUUGGUGUCCUUUAUAGUUGUUUCUUUGCAGCAAAUUGACCAUGAAGGCCUGAUUCAUGCAGUCUCCUCUGAACAGUUGAUGUUGAUAUGUGUAUGUUACUUGAACUCUGUGAGGUACAAUCUGAGAUGCAGUUAAUUGUGAAUUUCUGAGGCUGGUAACUAAUGAACUUAUCCUCUCCAGCAGAGGUAACUCUGGGUCUUCCUUUCCUGUGGCAGUACUGAUGAGAGCCAGCUUUAUCAUAGCUCUUGAUGGUUUUUAUGACUGCACUUGAAAAAACGUCCAAUGUUUUUGAAAUUUUCCAGAUUGACAGACCAUGUCUUAUAGUAAUUAUGGAUUGUUGUUUCUCUUUGCUUAUUUGAGCUGUUCUUGCCAUAAUAUGGACUUGGUCUGUAUCUUCUGCAUACCACCCCUACCUUGUCACAACACAACUGAUUAGGCUCUAACACAUAAAGGAAAGAAAUUCCACAAAUUACCUUAAGGCACACCUGUUAAUUGAAAUGCAUUCCAGGUGACUCCCUCAUGAAGCUCGUUGAGAGAAUGCAAAGAGUGAGCAAAGCUGUCAUCAAGGCUAAGAAAGGCUACUUCGAAAAAUCUAAAAUAUAUUUAUUUGUUUUAACACUUUUUGGUUACAUGAUUCCAUGUGUUGACGUUGUCACUAUUAUUCUACAAAGUAGACAAGUAAAAAUAAACAAACGUUGAAUGAGUAGGUGUGCCCAAACUUUUGACUGGUACUGUAUAUUUGCUGAAAUGGCCUUUUUUUUUUUUUUUUUUUUCGGUGUAUUGGUCACUAAAUAGCGAUAAAGAUGUCUGUCUCGAUGAUGUGGACUUUAUUCAUCAGAUAACGAAUCUCCAGCACUUUUCUAUGGCAAUAAAAUAUUUUGUGAAGCUCA